GCAUAGAAACAGACUGGAUUAGAUUACCACCCCUUGGCCGAAAUCAUGCUGGCUGCUCUAGUUGUUGCAGAUCUAUGCUCGAAGUCGAUCCGACAGUAGAAACCCGAAAGUGAAAGUAAAAGAGAGAAGUUCGCGCGGCGUCGCCGUCAUGAGUUCAGAGACGUUUAACGCGCUUCUGCUGGACAUUUCCAACCAGCUAAAAGAAGACGACCUGACGAAGCUGAAGUUCCUGCUUGGAGAUCGUAUCGGUAAACGAGAUCUCGAGAGGAUAUCGAGCGGCCACGACCUGUUUCAGGCUAUGCGGGAGAGGGAGCUCCUGGGGCCCGAAAAGCGGGACCUCCUGAACAAUCUUUUAAAGAACAUCCCUCGGCCUGACCUCUCCAAAAAACUGCAGCAGGACCCAGCCCCCAUCCGAGGUCCGAGCGAGGAGGAGACAGCCAAGCUGGUCAUCGCCUCAAGGGUGAUUUCAGAGAACCUGGGAAGGAGUUGGCGUAAACUGGGCCGCAGACUGGGUAUGAGCGAAAGCAAGCUGGAGUCUAUUUCCAAACGGCACCCCACUGAGCUGGAGGAAACAGCAAUGGAGCUCCUGAAGGAGUGGACGAAAAGUCGGGAGGCUGAAGCCCGAACUGAGGACCUGGUGAAAGCUUUGAGGGACUGUCAGUUUAAUCUGACUGCUGAUAAAGUGGAAGAUAAACUGAGAGCUGAGGGAUACUGAUGGAGAGAAUGAUGAACUUUGUUGAAUCAAAUGACUGUGGAAACUUAAGAAAGUCAACAAUAAAUCAGCUUUUUUGUUGAGAUGAAUAAACUCAGUGAAACUGCA